AUGGCGUCAGCUUCAAUUUUCAUCUUAUUGAUGUAUGUCUUCAUCCAUCCCGGACACUCAAUCCAUUCGUUUACCGCUGCCACGGCAACUGGUAACUCAUCUACCACGCCCUCCGACGUGUACUUCAAAGAUGGCGACAUCAUCCUCGGCGGUUUCUUCCCUCUCCACACCUACGACGAGUUCUCGCGAGAAUGUAAGGCAAUUCGCGAGAGUAAAGCCCUCAAGCUGGUCGAGGCCAUGGUCUAUGCAGUGAGCUACGUCAAUAAUAACACAUCCUUGCUCCCAGGCCUGCGUCUUGGGUUCGAGAUAUACGACUCGUGCUACAGCGACAUAUGGACGCUGAAGAAAGGUCUGAACUUCAUACCCCCGGAAAUGAGACGAGCUUGCUGGGAGAAGAAUGUGACUUCGGGGAGCAGGGGUUAUGGUAUUAGUUGUCUGCAUGGUAAGAGGGUUGCGGGUGUCGUUGGAUCACAGAAGAGUGCGAGUAGCUCGGAGCUGACCAUACUCCUUGGAUUGUAUCAGAUACCACAGGUGAGCUACUUAUCGACAAUUGACAGCCUCAGUAAAGUUGCUUACCCGUACUUCUUUCGUGUCGUGCCGUCUGACCGUCACCAGGUGAAUGCCAUAAUGGACAUUGUGCAGUACUAUGGGUGGACCUACGUAUCGUUGCUCUUCUCUGACGAUGAGUACGGGGAGAAUGGUUAUUAUGAAUUCUCCAAACAGGUCACCGCCAAUGACAACGUCUGCCUCGCCUACACUAAGGAGAUAUCUACAAGUUUCUCAGAAGAAUAUUACGACGAAAUUGUCGCAAACCUUCGGACUGAUCCAUACAACCGUGCUGUGGCUGUAGUCCUUUUUGCCCACCUGGAAGAGGCCGUCAUGCUGCUGGGUGCGGUGGAGAGAAACAAGGCAGUGGGGGAGUUUACCUUCAUCGCCAGCGAUGGGGUUGGAAACUUCGGUCGGCAGGGACUUGAGAAGGUCGAACAUGCUGCUAUGGGUAUGAUUACCGUCGUCCCAUUCUCAGAGAGACUCCAAGACUUCGACACCUUCUUCUACGAUUCUCUGAAUGCAAACAAUCCGAACCCCUGGACAAAGGAGUAUCUUGCAGUAUACAGCGAGAAGUGCGACUUCUUUGGAGUCUGUGGGAACGAGACUGAUCUCCUAUCCCCGCACGAGACUCUUGUGAUUGAUAGCGUCAUGUCAUUUGCGCAUGCCCUGAACAGUAUGCUCAUCACAGAGUGUGGUGGUUCAGAGAACCUGGAAUACUGCCCUCUCGUGGCGAAUAUAGACGGGAAGCUCUUGCGAUCAUACCUGAUGGAGACAACCUUCACGAGUUUGUCCAACGGGCAGGUGGCGUUUGAUGGGAACGGAGACGGGAAAGUAAGGUACAAGAUUCGGAAUCUCAACAGCGCAUGGGGCUUGACAAGUUUCAAAGAUGUAGGAUCUUGGGAAGAGCUAACUGUGUUGGAUAUCAAGGAUUCAAGCAUCAGGUUUUACACCAAUGAUACAGACGGCCUGCCCUUCUUUGUGCCUCUGUCUGUAUGCAGCUCACCAUGUCCGCAGGGGUACAGGAAAGAGUUUUUCGACGAGGAGAGGAAGUGCUGUUGGCACUGUAUCAAGUGCGUGGACAAUGCCAUUGUCCUCAACCAAACGCUCUGUCAGGAAUGCGCACCUCCGGAGUGGCCGGAUGCCAAUCGCACAGAUUGUAGGCCAGUAGAUGUAUUCUACAUGUCAUGGGGUACCAUCGAAGGCACGGUGGUCACCAUCAUGAGUGGUGUGGCCUUCUUGGAAGCCAUGUUGGUACUACUGUUUUACUUCACGCAGUAUAAACAACGCAUCAUGAGGAGGUCAGAUCCCGUGCUUUGCCUCUUCAUUUACGGGGGCAUCAUACUCGCCACUGUGGCGGCCUUGUCGUCGACCUUCACACCAUCCCCGGGGCUCUGUGUGGUUACCCGUAUGGGUCCGUCCUUUGCCUACUCGCUGAUGUUUGCUCCAUUCGCAAUGAAAAGCACCAGGCUGUAUCGAGUAUUCGCCAAGGCUAAGCAGACCGACUCCGAAGAAGAAGCUGAACUUUGGAGUUUGACGCGGCAGUUGGUUAUCUUGGGAUUCGUUUGGGCCACAGAGAUAUGCAUAAGCAUUGCAUGGAUCAUCGUUUUCCCGCCCGAUGUGAGCAACCAGUUUACAUUCCAAGAUGAUUCAACAGGCGGCGAGUCAGUGAAUCUCCUCAUAGCUUGCAAUAUCCAGCUCCACGAGAGUGUAACCGAGAUCUGUUUCAGUCUGGUCCUCCUGUUCGUGACCCUGGUCUUCAGCGUUCUCGCCCGGCAGCUUCCGGACAACUACCACGAGGUCCAGUUCUGCGCGUUUGCGUCGGCGGGCUCCAUGCUCGUCAUCGUGGGUGCUUACGCCGCGGGUUUCGGUACCGCCACAUCGGCCGUCUCGUCUGUGUCAAUCAUGUAUCGUUCACUCGGAAUGAUUGCCAACUCCAUCCUGAUGAUGUCAUGUAUCUUUAUUCCCAAGAUGUACGUCAUCUUCUUCGUGAGGGGUGACAUCAAUGACGUUAUGCUGCGGAAGAGGCAAAGCGUCGCCAUGUCUGGCUACCGCGUGCGAUCAUCCACGGGGAGCAGCGUGGCGACACUGAAGAAGAACAACGGGACCGGGGGAGCGGGCAAACGGCGCAGCUUUCGUAGAAGUAAAAGCGCCUGUGAGUUGACCUUGAAUCCGGAGCAAGUUGUUGAACUGAAGGCAAUCUCUACCACUCUUAAGGAAUAA